GUUUUGAUGCUCUGGGAGAGCUGUUAAAGCCUACAGUUCCUGCACACAUCGCCCCACCUCCUGUUGCCGCUCCUCCUCAGAUGACCAUCCAUCCCGGAGGGAAGCUGCUCGCCAACGACCUCGACUCCUCUCUGGCCAACCUCGUGGGCAAUCUGCAGUUUGGAACCUCAGCCAAGAAACCAGACAUGCAGUGGAGCCAACCCGGAGAGAAGAAGCUAACCGGUGGUCAAAACUGGCAAAAUAAGACCAUGUCGACCACCCAGUGGAGCCCUGCGCCCAUGGCCCCACAGCCCAUCCCUGUACCACAUGUGGCUCCAGCUCCAAUGGCUUUCCCCAUGACCACACCACAAGUGCCUGUGUAUGGAAUGGUCCCUCCCCAGAUGGGUCAGAUGGGUGGGGUACCAGUGAUGGCUCCUCAGCCAGUGAUGUACAACCAGCCUGUUCUAAGACCCACCAACCCCUUUGCACCCAUGCCAGGAGCCCAGAUGCAGUUUAUGUAAUCCAGUCAGGGGGAAUCUGAGUGCCAAAAGCAACAAACAGAAGAAAACCAACAAGAGGACCAUCAGGGGGACGGUUUGAUCAAGUGAAUCGACUCAGAGACAGACAAGAUAACCGACAGACACCAAAACAGAAGAACGAAUGGGACGAUGAUGACGACACGGGAUGGGUGGAUGGACGGAGGAAGAUAGGGAGGAGGGGGGGAUGAAACUAUUCUGGCUGGUCUUUGUCUGAAACAGCUGCUUGCUUGUGUGAGUGGAGCUUCUCUGUUUUUGUCUUCUUUGUGUUUUGGAAUCAGAAGGGGAAUAAGGAGGAGAUUGAGGAAAUCCUACCACUGGAUUGUAGUCAGACUGUGUAAAAACAGCUUGAAGAGUCUCUGCUGGAGAAUUAGCUUUAUUUCAUACUGGUGCUAUUUGUCCUCUCUGGGUUACUGUUACUGUCGGAGCACUUGGGAGCGGACAAGUGUGUGUUAGUGUGUGUUUGUGUGCAGCAGUUGUUUCAGACGUUAAAGCCACCUUCCUCUCUGUCCUCGCCUUCAUUCACUGUUUGUGUUAACAGUUGUCCCUGCAGCGAUUCAAGUGUAUUUUUUUUUUUCAGUCUUUUUGUAUUUUCAUUUCAUUUCCUCACCAGCGUCACCUGAAGGUCAUCAGGGUUUGGGAAAAGCAAUUCAUGGAAGCGGUCACAGUGUCGGAGCACUUCCUGUCACGGGUUUCGAGCUAAAGUUUUCGCUUUCUCAAACAGCAUAAUUUUCUCCUACGGGAACAUAGAUGAGGCUCGGCCAAGCUUAAUGCAGAUUCUUAUUUUCUUUUUAAAAUUUUAUUAUUUUUUUCUAGGCUUGGUCACCAGAAAAUGCAUCCAACCGAUUACUAGAUGUAAGAAGGAAGAAGUGUAGCUAAUAUACUAACGGUGAUUAUUAUUCACAUCCCAGAGUUCACCUGUCCAAGGCAUUAUGGGUUGGAGUUCAGGUAAUAAAACUAACUGAUGAAUCUGUCUGCAAGCAACUUAUACAUAAGUGUGUAUACUUUUCCCUUUGUUCUAUCAUGGCCAUUUUCUACAACAAUAAUAAACAAUUAAUUAAAUCCUAA